AUGUCUAAACACGACAUGCACCUCCAACCGCGCAUGUCCAAGAAGGGUCCCUUCUCGGUCGAGGCGCCCGGCUAUGAACCCGUUGAAGGCGAAACCAUUCCUCGUCGACACCCAGCAGCCAAGAACGGUCUCAUCCUGCGCCCAUCAGAGGACGUAGGAACCACCUACGAAAACUUCCGUCGUUCCGCUCGUCUGUUCGGAAAUUCCAAGGCCGUUGGUACUCGCAAGCUGAUUAAGACCCAUGUCGAGAACAAGAAGAUCAAGAAGAUGGUGGAUGGUGUGGAGCAGGAGGUGGAAAAGAAGUGGACUUACUUCGAGCUGAGCGGAUAUACCUACAAGACCUUCCUUGAGUAUGAGCAGCUCUGUCUGCAGCUUGGUGCGGGUCUGCGCAAGCUCGGCCUCGAGAAGGACAAUCGAGUUCACUUGUACGGUGCCACAAGUGCUCACUGGCUUGCCAUGUCACACGGUGCUGCAUCUCAAUCAGUAACCAUUGUCACUGCCUACGAUACCCUGGGUGAGGAGGGCCUGAAGCACUCUCUGAAGCAAACCGCCAGUGACGCUAUCUUCUUGGAUCCCGGCCUGAUCAAGUCGCUCCUUCACGUUCUGGGAGACAUCCCUUCGAUCAAGCACAUUAUCUACAACACCGAUACCGAAGUGAAUCAGGAUGAUUUGGACAAGCUGAAGGCUGACUACAGUCAUAUCUCCGUACAGAGCAUCGAGGAGCUGCGCAAGUCCGGCGAGGAGAACCCCGUUGACCCCGUGCCGCCCAAGCCCGAGGACCUUUGCUGCAUUAUGUACACUUCUGGUUCCACCGGACCCCCGAAGGGUGUCUCCCUGACCCACGCCAACGUUAUUGCUGCCACUGCCGGUGUUAACGAGAUCGUCGGUCCCUACAUCAGUCAUAAGGACUCCCUGCUUACAUACCUGCCCCAGGCUCACAUCCUGGAGUUCAUGUUUGAGAACCUCUGUUUGUUCUGGGGUGGUACUAUGGGAUACGGUAACCCUCGCACUCUCUCCGAUACCUCCGUGCGCAACUGCAAGGGUGAUAUUCGCGAAUUCAAGCCUACCAUCUUGGUCGGUGUUCCGGCUGUGUGGGAGACCGUGAAGAAGGGUGUCAUGAACAACCUGAACAAGAUGAGCUUUAUCGUCAAGGGCUUGUUCUGGGGUGGAUUGGCUACCAAGAACUUCCUUCUGAACAAUGGCAUUCCUGGUGCAAGCUUGGGUGUCGGCGUUCUUGACGCUGUUGUCUUCAAGAAGCUCAAGGAGGCUACUGGUGGUCAUCUCCGCAUUAUGAUGAACGGUGGUGGUCCCAUCUCUAAGGAUACCCAGAAGUUCUUGUCCAUGGCUAUUGCGCCUAUGAUCAGUGGUUACGGUUUGACUGAGACUUCCGCGAUGGGAGCUCUGAACGACCCAAUGGCCUGGAACCCCGAGGCCCUGGGUGAUAUUCCCGCGUCCAUUGAGAUCAAGCUUGUUGACUUCCCCGAUGCCGGAUACUUCACCAAGAACAACCCUCCUCAAGGAGAGAUUUUCAUCCGCGGUGGCAGUGUGACAUCUGGCUACUUCGAUAACGAGGAGGAGACCAAGGCCUCAUUGACUGAGGAUGGCUGGUUCAUGACUGGUGAUAUUGGCGAGUUCGACUCACACGGUCACUUGAACAUCAUCGACCGUAAGAAGAACUUAGUCAAGACCCAAAACGGCGAGUACAUUGCUCUGGAGAAGCUGGAGUCUGUCUACCGCUCUUCUUCUGUUGUUGGCAACAUUUGCGUUUACGCUGCCCAGGACCAGGAUAAGCCCAUUGCCAUCAUUGUGCCUGUGGAGCUUGCGUUGAAGAAGCUCGCCAGUGAAAAUGGUGUGAAGGGUGAUAGCUUGGAGACUCUUGUGCAUGACGAGAAGGUCCAGCGCCUUGUUUUGCAGCAGCUGCAGAGCUCUGGUCGUAGUGGUGGUCUGAAGGGCAUUGAGAUCAUCAGCGGAGUUGUUCUGUCCGAUGAGGAGUGGACCCCUCAGAACGGCUACAUGACUGCUGCUCAGAAGUUGCAGCGCAGGAAGAUUGUCGACAAGUACAAGGCCCAGAUUGACAAGGCCUACGGCAAGAAAUAG